AUAGGUUUCUCCAUUUCGUUGCCACUUGUGUGGCACGUGGCAAUUUACCCAGUGUUUUCACAACCGCUGUCUUUACAUCUCCCCGCAGCCCGUGAAGCACACGUUUUCAUUUGUACCCUUUUCACAGGGAGGAAAAAUUGAGGUUCAGGGAGGCCCAAGGUCACACCAGGCCGUGAAUGCGGAGCCGGAUCCUAGGCUCUUUCCCAGGUCUUGAACCCUCCAGGAUGCGGGACAACUCGGUCCCUCCGCCUCGAACCGCCCGGACUCAGACCGGUCGCUGAGUGUAGAGGCGGCGGCCGUGAGGCGCCAGACUUGCCAGCUGCCGCGGGAUGCCACGUGAGGGGCGGAGACCCUGCGGGGAAGUGAUUAAAAGCCGAACGGAGCCGGAGGGGGCCGCUGCGGGGAGGGUCUUCUUGGAGCCGCCUUGCCCCGCCCCAGUCCGGCCGCGGCGCGGGUUCCGGCGGCUGCUUGGAGGGCUGCGGUGUCCGGGGCAUGAGUGGGGUGCGGGGGACCGGGGAGCCUCGGUGCCAGGCGGCGCUCGCGGUCCUGGCCUCUCUGUGCCGGGCCCGGCCGCCCCCUCUCGGGCUGGACGUGGAGACUUGUCGGAGCUUCGAGCUAGAGCCCCCAGAGCGGAGUCCGAGCGCUGCCGACUCAGGCACCUCUGUCAGCCUCCUCGCAGUGGUAGUUAUUGUGUGUGGCGUGGCCCUGGUGGCAGUUUUUCUCUUUCUCUUUUGGAAGCUGUGCUGGAUGCCCUGGAGGAACAAGGAGGCCUCCAGCCCCUCCUCUGCUAACCCCUCCCCGGAGGCCCUCCAGAGCCCCAGCUCCAGAGGCAACAUGGCAGACAAGCUCAAGGAUCCCCACACCCUGGGCUUCCUAGAGGCGGCUGUGAAGAUCAGCCACACGUCCCCAGAUAUCCCAGCCGAGGUGCAGAUGUCCGUCAAAGAGCACAUCAAGCGUCACACACGGCUGCAGCGACAGACCACAGAGCCAGCAUCAUCCACCAGGCACACGUCCUUCAAGCGCCACCUGCCGCGGCAGAUGCACGUGUCCAGCGUGGACUACGGCAACGAGCUGCCCCCAGCGGCGGAGCAGCCCACCAGCAUCGGCCGCAUCAAGCCCGAACUCUAUAAGCAGAAGUCGGUGGAUGGGGACGAUGCCAAAUCCGAGGCCAAGAGUUGCGGGAAGAUCAACUUCAGCCUGCGCUACGACUACGAGAACGAAACCCUGAUUGUGCGCAUCCUGAAGGCCUUUGACCUCCCAGCCAAGGACUUUUGCGGUAGCUCCGACCCUUACGUCAAGAUCUACCUCCUGCCCGAUCGCAAGUGCAAGCUGCAGACCCGGGUGCACCGCAAAACCCUGAACCCCACCUUCGACGAGAACUUCCACUUCCCGGUGCCCUACGAGGAGCUGGCCGACCGCAAGCUGCAUCUCAGCGUCUUCGACUUUGAUCGCUUCUCCCGCCACGACAUGAUCGGGGAGGUGAUCCUGGACAACCUCUUUGAGGCCUCCGACCUGUCCCGGGAAACCUCCAUCUGGAAGGACAUCCAGUACGCCACCAGUGAAAGUGUGGACUUGGGCGAGAUCAUGUUCUCCCUCUGCUACCUGCCCACAGCAGGCAGGCUCACCCUCACCGUGAUCAAAUGCCGGAACCUCAAGGCAAUGGACAUCACAGGCUACUCAGAUCCAUAUGUCAAAGUGUCGCUACUCUGUGACGGGCGGAGACUGAAGAAAAAGAAAACCACCAUAAAGAAGAACACCCUCAACCCUGUCUACAAUGAGGCCAUCAUCUUUGACAUUCCCCCCGAGAACAUGGACCAAGUCAGCCUGCUCAUCUCUGUUAUGGAUUAUGAUCGAGUGGGUCACAACGAGAUCAUUGGAGUCUGUCGUGUGGGGAUCAACGCUGAAGGCCUGGGAAGGGACCACUGGAAUGAGAUGCUGGCGUACCCACGGAAGCCCAUCGCACACUGGCACUCCUUGGUGGAGGUAAAGAAAUCCUUCAAAGAGUGGCAAGGCCGAGCCGCCAGCUUCGACAGCGAGAGUUCGUGCCCGUCUCCGAAACCACCUCCGACACCAUGAGCUGCACCGCGGCGGCCAGGCUACACAAACGAGACUCAGCAGCGUUCUUUUUGCACUUGUUCAACGGUCUAAACACAGUGUUGAGCCGCAGCGGCAGCGGGGGCAGCACGCCUCUCACUCCAGGGUCUUAGCUGCCCCUGUGUCAGUCAAGGCCGAGACACUUGUCGUGUGGUCCGAGCUGUCUUAGUCUUUUCUGUCUCCCAAGGUGAUGUUUUCAUGGUUUUUUCACUUUUUAUGGAUCUGCUGUCAAGAAGAAAAGAAGAGAAAAACAAAGAGGGGAGAGCCCAGAUGUUGGUUCUGUUAAAUACAAUGUAAAAUAGUCAUCUUUGGUGGGAAGGUGGUCUGAAUUUCUGAAAUUUUGUGUCUCCACCGAGCUCCAUAACCCCGGAGGAGAAGGAUGAGCAAUGGCUGCUUUGAUCAGUGGCCCACAGGAAGCUGCAGACCUGGCCAAGAGCCUUUACAAAAGUGACUUAUGACUCUUAGAAGCUCUUUGCUGAUGUGACAUAAACCAAGGUGCAGACUCCUGGUCCCAGGUUGAAAUCACGAGCACUGUGAGCCUUCAACUGGUUGGUCGUGCAGGGCUCCUGGCUCCCCGUCCUUGUGAACUUUCCUCCUGAAUUGAACAUGACUCGAUCCCUCAUGGGAGCUGAGUUGCUUUCGUUAGGAACGGUUCUGUGGAAACAAAACAUGCCAUAUGUUUUCUGGCGCACCACAGUUAAUGACCACAUUUGUUUGAAAACAGAAUCUUUGUUCUCAAAAAUAACCUUCGUUGUUAAAAAAAAAAGGAAGCUCAUAUGUUCUGGAAUGAUUUCUGCGUUAUACAUGGCUUUCUAAUUCCAUGACGUAUUAAGCAGCUGUUUAAAAUGCCUAAACAGAUCAAAGAAAAACCUACAUAAAAUGUUCUUUUCUGAAUGGGGAGUUUUGAAAUCCAAGUAAUAGGUGGAGUGUAUCUUUCUAUGAAGAGUACCUUCUUGAUUGAAACCAAGUCAGCUUAAGUCUAUUUCAGCCACCUUGACUCUGGGACAAUGUUCAUCUUAAACUUUAGUUCUAUAAAUUAUUAAGUAUUUCAGUGUUUGUUUGUUUCAGUGGUAGUGAAGGAUUUUUUUUUUUUCUUUAAAUCUCUAGGUCAAAUUCAGUUUAGGAAAAAAGUAUGUUUGAACUAUUCUGUAUUGUAAUCGUACAUUUCUGUUAAGUUAAUGGCCUUCCCACCAACCCCCUAGAACUAGGUUGAUUUGCUCCUUCAGUCUGGUAAAUGCGCGGGUGGGUCUUCACUUCUGUGUAUAGCUGAGAAAUGCCAGUUUCUAGAGCUGUGUGUGUAACUUGCAAGAGGCAGGUCUGCUGAAGAAGUGCUUCUUUCAACAAUGGAAGGUCAAGAAUGUAAAAACUGUUCACACAUCUUGUGUCUUACUCUUUAUAUGUGACACAUGCUUUAGGAGCAGCAACUCAAUAAAGCUACCCUUGUUUUAAGUCAAAUUA